UGCGGAGCCGCCGCUGGGGCGUGAGUGGCCUGAGCAGGGGCCACGUCCGCGUCUUCCCGCCGGCUGCCAGGCAGGGGCCAUGGGCCGCCCGUGCCCUGCGCCGCGGCUCCGCGCGCUAUUGCUGUUCCUCGCGCUGCUGCUGCCGCUCGCCUGCGCCUGGGACAGCGGCGACCUGGAGCUUUUCGACCUGGUGGAAGAGGUGCCGCAAAACUUCUACGGCUUCCUGGGGCUGCCGCAGGAUGCUUCAUCUGCAGACAUUAGGAAAGCAUAUCGCAAGCUUUCACUAACUUUACACCCAGACAAGAACAAGGAUGAAAAUGCAGAAACCCAGUUUAGACAAUUGGUGGCUAUCUAUGAGGUUUUAAAGGAUGAAGAGAGAAGGAAGAGGUAUGAUGAUAUUCUGAUCAAUGGACUACCAGAUUGGCGACAGCCUGUAUUCUACUACAGGCGGGUGAGAAAAAUGAGCAAUGCUGAGCUGGCAUUACUCUUGUUCAUUAUUCUCACAGUGGGUCAUUAUGCUGUGGUUUGGUCAAUCUACCUGGAAAAACAGCUGGAUGAACUGCUUAGCAAAAAAAAGAGAGAUAAGAAGAAAAAGACAGGAGGCAGGAGUACAGAUGAAGUAAAACUUGGGGCUGCUGACAAAAACGAAAGAUCAUUGGAAAAACCACAGUGGCGUGAUUUGCUUCCGUGCAAGUUGGGAAUUUGGUUCUGUCUUACUGUAAAAGCAUUACCUCAGCUGUUGCAGGAUGCCAGACAAUUAUAUGUAGAAUAUAAAGAAACAAAAAUGAAGGCGAGAGAAGAUGCCCUGGCUAAAGCUGAACUUGAAACACUUCUGAAGGAGAAGAAACCUAAAGUCAAGAAACCAAAGUCUGAAUUCCCUAUAUAUACUCCUUCAGAGUCCAAUGCAUAUAUACCAUCAUAUGAACAUGGAGCUUCUAUUGAAGAGAUUGAGGAACAGAUGGAUUAUUGGUUGGAGAAUAAGAACAGAACAUACAAAAAAAAGGCACCUGAAUGGACAGAAGAGGACCUUAGCCAGCUGACAAGAAGUAUGGUUAAGUUCCCAGGGGGGACCCCAGGUCGAUGGGAAAAGAUUGCUCAUGAAUUGGGUCGAUCAGUGCCAGAUGUUACCAUGAAGACCAAGCAAUUGAAGGAAUCUGUUACACAUACUCCAGGAAUUGUUAGACUCUCUGAGCUUAAAAACUUGGCCCAGAAUUCCAGAAAUGCCAAAACCAACAUGGAUUUGCCAGACCAUAUAAUUACGCAGCGAGAAAUAGAUGAGGAGGAGAAAGAGGAGGAGAACUAUAAUCAUGACCCAGAACAGAUGGUUAUUCCAGCAGAUCACAGAGAGACCAUGACAAGCGAAACCAGAUACCGCAAGCGAAGAACAGCCAAAGCAUCUGAAAUAACUCUAGCAACGAUGAAAGAGGUGGCAGAAGAUAAAUGCAGGGGAAAGCGUCAGAGAGACUUUGACUACACAGAACAGGAUGAAUUUAGCGAUGAUGAGACCAGAAAAAAAGAGAGAAGCCACAAUUCUGAAGAAUUGUGGACUCAAAAUCAACAGAAACUUCUUGAACUAGCCUUACAGCAGUACCCAAAGGGAACAUCAGACCGCUGGGAUAAGAUAGCAAAAUGCGUCCCAGGAAAAAGUAAGGAAGAGUGUGUGGCAAGAUACAAGUUGCUUGUUGAACUGGUACAAAAGAAGAAAAUGGCUAAAAGCUGAAUCUUCUGAGCAGAAGAGUUUUAUUUCUAUUUUUCAGAAUGAGAUUAUAUUUUAAAUCUCAUGUGCAGAAGUUUGCAUUUUUGUACCGCAGUAUUUCUGUCAUGUGCCUUAGUAAAUGAAAAUAUCAAUAAAUUUUAUGCCAUCUUGCUUCACCAUUUUCGGUGUUAAAGAAUUUAAAUGUAUUUUUGUUUUGGGGAGAUAUUUAUAAAGACAUCUUAUUGCAUAUGUCUUGGAAAUUGAGGAUCUUCUUAAAGAUCUACCAUAGUUUUGGACAAGGCCUAUUGUAUAGAAGGCCUAAAGGGAAUAUAUUCAAGGGUUAAUAGAAGGCAUAGUAAAAGGGGAAGUUUGUUAUGCACAAGUUUUAAAGCAUCUAAUGGCUUAAGGGGGGAGGUGAACUUUGCAAUAGGUUAAGAAAUAGCUUGGCUAAUAGGGGAGGGAGUUUUACCAAGAAACAGGUUGCUGACACUCCUGGGGUCACGUCUUGCUGACCAUCUGGAAGGGGGUGGGGACGUUCCGAGAAACUGACCCUGUGGCAAGCCCAAAUUUGGAAAUGGUCUAAACUGCCUGAUUCAUGCGUGUUGGAAGUCAGUCAAAAAGGGUAAAAAGGAUGGCCGGAUAGAUCCAUCGGGGCAAUCAGUCGGUGAACUGGCUGUCAAGGGACGAAGGUACUAGGGGACACAUCCCCACCAUGUGAGAUCUGCUGGCACUGGAAUCCUAAGACUAGCUGGAGCCACUGUUUGCCCAGUCUUAGCAAUUGGACUGUCCCUGAGGGGGGAUGAGAUUCUGAGUUGCAGUACUCUGCUUGAAAAUCCUUACCUGACACAUCCCCACCAUGGGAGAUCAGGAAUAGGUGGAUCAACAGGGCUGUGAUCUCGGGCCUCAUCUCGGGCCAACGGGAGAAAAGGGGGUGGGAAAUCUGAACCCUCUGAACGACUAGCCGUAGGGCAGCGGGAAUCAGAGGAAUUAAGAGGACUUGCCAAAAAAAGGGCCUGAUCAGGUUUUAGAGCUUUCAAGUGGGGCCUUGGAGAAGUCGGGCUUGAACAGGUGAAGGAGUGACCAGCCGGAACUCCCCAAAUUCACCAGGUAAAAGUCGGGGGCGUAUUCAGGGAGUGGGCUGCUGUGCUGCUUGAAACUAAGCUCAAGAAAUAAAGGGGGAUUUUUCUAGCGAUAGAAUUACCGUGCCUUAAAAUUAUAGCAUGCUUGUAAGUGUUUAUGUGUAAUUGUCAGUGUUUAAUAAAACUAUUACCUGAUUUAACCAUA